AUGGCUCAAGGCACAGUGAGCAGAGACGUUCAAGACGAGUUGCUCAGCAAGCGACCACGACGGCGAAAUCUUCGUGGCGGGGCUGCCAACAAUGGCUCCAUGCAUAGGUCCAUACCCUACCCUGCUAGAUCCUCGAUGGACUUGUACCUGUAUGACAGCUGGGAUUACAUGUUCAUGAGUGGAGUGGUAUGCCAGUUCACUGUACACAAGUUUGACCCUCCUCCACGGAAGGUUUUAGACAUUGGAUGUGGAAAUGGUAUAUGGGUUAUAGAAGCUGCGAAGAAAUGGAUGGAUACCCAAUUUGUUGGUAUUGACCUUGAGAAAUGUCAACCCGAUCUCACACGACCUGAAUACGAACUUGAAAAUUAUUCUCAGCGUAUAGAAUGGCAGCAUAUUGAUUUUCUGGAGCCUCUGCCAUUUGCUACUGGAGAGUUUGAUUUCGUUCGUUUUUGUGUCAUCGGUCUUGCUGUACCAGAGGACGAAUGGCAGUACUUGAUUGAGGAGUGCGCAAGAGUCCUGGCGCCGAAUGGUGUACUGGAGGCUAUCGAAGAGGACCUGAUUUUCCCAUCUGGUGACAUACAGAAGGGAGAUGAUCAUAGUCUUUCUCCCAUUUCGCCUGCUACAGCUGCUGGCUCUAGUUUUGCGGGAAGCACAUCGAGCUUGAUCAGCUCACCACUAUCGUUCCAUUCAUCGGAGCAACAUGUGGGUCUAAUCGCGCCUCGAAUUACGCCGUCGAACAGCGUGGACUCAGCAUCGUCGCAACGCUCGAUACUUCAACAGAACAAAAGCUUGAGGGAUCGAUCUGCCAGUUCACGCGAUCAUCAUGAUCUCUACAGAGCAUGGGAGGGAAUGCUUCACCGACGAUUCAUCGCUCCAAAUAUCAUUGCCGUGCUCCCGUUCUAUCUAUCGACCUAUUUCGACGACGUUCAGAUGUUACCGGCGAUGCACAUCCUGCUCCCUCCCAAUUCCGCACAGUCCACUGAAGGCUACGUCGAUAGUCAUUUCCACUUCGGAGACUCCCCAGGCAUGACCAAAAUGUUUCUUGAUCUGCAAACACAUGGGAGCAGAUGGUCUACGGAACGGGCCGAAAAUUCGUCAUCGCGCUCUAAACAAGCUACCAAAAGUGCUACUGUCUCUUCGUGGGCGUCGAUUCAUCUCGCGAAGACCAUUCAAAAGGUUCGCGCGUGCAAGGAAGCAAUUUGGUUAGAGUAUAAGUAUCAACAAGGCGACGGGAAACGGGUGAGCGAAGAGAACUUGCGAGAAGAUUUCCUCCGAUUGUGGGAUAAGUGGGAAGAGGACAUGAAAGAUCGCAUGAGCAUGCGUGCCAAGCUGAAUGAGGCGCUUGCUUGGAUAGACCCCACUGGUAAUGACCAACCUGACUGGAAAGUCUGGCGAGAACAUGCAGGCGAGAUGGAGCUGUCAGAGAUAACCGCUUCGUAUAUUGGUCCGGAGAAUCUCUGUCGAUCACUGCGAGCUUUCGCGUGUUAUAAACCAACUUCCAAGAACAUAGGAGGACGCUAG